AUGUUGGCCGAAACUUUGCAUUAUCCGGUAGACAAUUACAAACAACAAUCAAUACUUUCAUUAUAUUCUCUCUCUUUCUCCCUCUUUCUCGUCUACCCUUUUCUCUCUCCGUGUUCUCUCUUUCAACCAAAUCCUAAAUCUUCGUUGCCAUAUCUACGACCAUCACCACCUCCAUGUUUUCAUGGUCCAGCUUCUCCGAAUUUCUCCUCAGGUUUUGAGGAGAUUCCAGUUGAGAUCAGAGCAUUAGGUUUUGAGGAAGAAGAAAGUUGCAAGUUUAUACCAACUCUGGAUAAGGAUAACUUUGUCAGACAAGGAGUUACUUUUUUGCCACUAGAGCUCUGCUUAGAUUGCAUCCGCAGAUACAAGGAGCAUGACUUGAAGCACUUUUCUUCGUUUGGCUGUUGGAUCAUUUGUCUUGAUGUUAAACAAGAGGUUCAGUUCAAUAUUAAGCAUCACAAUUCUUCUCCGUACUGA